AUGGUUUCUGUUUCUUUCAAUUCUGGUGAUCUUGUUGUACCUGUUAAAACUCCUGGUUAUUCAGACUGGCCCUGUUUUAUUUGUCCUGAAGACCAAUUACCUCAGGAUUUUCUUGAUGAAAAGCCCAAAAAAUUAGAUAUGGUUUCAAUUACAUUUAUUGGCGAACCGACUUAUCUAUGGGUUUCGGCCUCUGGUUUGAAACAUUUAUCGAAGAAAGAUGUCAGAACUUAUUUAAACAAGUAUAGUCUGUCCAAACAAAAAAGGUUAUCAAACAUCAAUUCAAGAUUUCCAAAAGAGUUAGUUAGAGCUUAUGAGAUUGCUUUAAGCUCAAAAAAUUUAUCCCAUUAUUUAGAUAAUUAUUGUUCAGAUAAAUCAGAAGAUUCUGAUUUUGAAUUAAUAAAUGAUGAAAGUAAAAGUGAAAGUGAUAUUGAGUUAGUUGGUGCUCACAAGUUGACUAAAUCUGAUAAUCUAAGAAAUUUGUCAAGAUCUACCAAGCCAAGGUCUUCAAUUUCAAGUAGAAUCUCAAAGUAUUCAAGAACUAUACAAAAGAAAAAAGUACCUACAAAAAUUCAUAAAAGAGCUCAAAGAUUAAAGAAAUCAAAUAGUUUAAAUGGAUCAGUCGAAUCCAUCGACUCAACUGACUCGAUCGAAUUAAUUGUACCAACUGACUCAACUGUAAUUGAAAUUGACGAUACUGAUGAUGAUAAUAAUUCUAAACAAAAGAAUGAUAACGAUUUUAUUGAAAUAGUAGAACCUGCUCAAAAAGACGAAAAACAAUAUACUAAAGAAAAGAACAUUACGAGUGAUAUAUCCACCAAUCUUAGUGAUGUCAGUGAUGACAAUCAUAACGAAAAUAAACAAAAGAAUAUAAAAAUUACCAAUUCAAGAAUUCUGACACCAUCCAAAACUGUGUUAGAUUUAAACAAUUCAUCUUUUGCGUCUGAGCAGAGUCUGGCAAUAGAACAAAUCAAGGCUUUAAAAACACCCUCUCAAAAUAUCAUUGACUCCUUAAAUAGAUCCUUUGAGUUAACAAGAAGUUCUAGAUAUAGAAAUAAAAUGAGGGAAUUAGAAAGAAAAACUUCUGAUGUUAAUUCUGAGACAAGUGUAAUAAUUGAUAUUGAUGAAGAUGGAAAGGCAAAAGAAAAAGAAAAGGAAAAGGAAAAGGAAAUAGAAAAAGAAAGUCAAUCAGUUUUAAAAGACAAUAAUCAAACCAAUAAGGGGUACCAUCAACUAAGAAAAACUCAAACUCGAUUAUCUUCAAAAGAAUCAGAUACUUCUCAGGAUUAUUUGAUCUUAUCUGGUUCAGAUUCAGAAUAG